GGACACCAUUAUCCCCGGUAUAUAAUAUUUGCUUACGUACAUUUGUAUUUUAUUUAUUCCCCAUUUUCUUGUCGCGAGUAAUUAAAAAACUGAACCUUUUUUUUUCAAUUACGAAGACCUGUGGGGUUUUGAACAUGGAGCAAAUGUGAUUCCGAAUUUCAACCCUGCAAGCCCAAAUUUCAACAAUUCUAUGUGGACUGUCGCCAUUGGAUGUCCCUGUAACCUCGCAGGAUGAGCAAAUUCACUACGGCGAAGAAAGCCUGCGUCCGUUGAGCUCAGGAAGUUUUGUGAAGAAAUUUAAGACACAUUACAUCAUAUACUCAAAUGGGCAGAAGUUAUGGCCUCAUUAUUGCUUCAUAUACGGCAGUCAGCCUUUGUGGAGUUGCAUGGAGAAUUAAUUUGGCACUGAAUAAGGUCCUUUUAGAUGGGAGAACGUUGGAGGAAGGCAUUGAGUCUGUACAAGCUGGAUAUAUUUUACAGUUGCUUCUUGAAUCCCCUCUCACAGUAGCAUUGCUUGUCAACCUUGCAAUCAAUAUUUUCAUUUUGGUUUCUCUUUCUAUAAAGGCUGUUUUCUUUGGGCAACUCUCCUCAACAGAAACACGAAAGGUCAUCGAACGCAUUAUAAACUAUAUACUUUAUAAGGGGAUUUUUCUUAUAUGGAUAGUACAGCCAGAUAUUGUGCAAAUCACCUUAUGGUUGACUUGGUUCUCAGUUCUCGGAUCCCUGAAGAUGUUCCAAGGACUGGCAAAAGAUCGCCUAGAGCGACUGAAUGCAUCUCCUUCUGCAACACCAUGGGCUCAUUUAAGAGUGUUUUCUGUACUAGUCUUGGUUCUUUUCUCCGAUUUGUUCUGGAUUCGGCUAUGUACAGUUGUUUCCAAGGGUGCAGGAACAAGCACAUUUUGGCUCUUGAUUUUCGAGCCUCUCAGUAUUGCAUUUGAAACACUGCAGGCAGUUAUGGUGCAUGGAUUACAGUUGAUUGAAACUUGGCAUCGCCAUCAUGCAGAUGACAUAGUUCAUUGUCAAGGAUUAGAACCAUCGGAUAGAUCUGCAGCAGGUGCUUCUUGGGAAUGGAAGGGAACUUUUGUCAGGAAUUGUGGUUUUUUUAUGGAAAUUGUAACUUUGUUGAUGGCUCUUGGACACUGUUUGCACAUUUGGUGGAUUCGUGGUCUUGCCUUUCAACUUGUAGAUGCUGUGCUUUUCCUGAAUCUACGUGCACUUCUAAGUUCAAUUUUGCGGCGUAUCAAGGGAUUUAUGAGGUUGAGGACAGCAAUGAAUACUCUUCAAGGAGCAUUACCUGAUGCAACUCAAGAUGAGUUGCAUGCAUAUGAUGACGAAUGUGCAAUUUGCAAGGAACCAAUGGCCAGGGCUAAGAGGCUGCCUUGUUCACACCUUUUCCAUCUUCAAUGUCUGAGAUCCUGGUUGGACCAAGGCAUUGGAGAAACAUAUUCUUGUCCAACCUGUAGAAGGCCAUUGUUUAUGGGUGGCUCAAGGACGUCUCCAAAUGCUAAUGUUGGCCAGCAAUUAGUAGAAGGUGAGCAACUAGUCAGGCCUGUAAACACAGGGCCGGAUGCAUUAUCUCAAACUCUGUCUGAAAAUACCUUACCGACAAGCCCAUUUUCAACUGAACGGUGGAAUUCUACUGGCAUUGGCAUGUUCAGGGGUGUGGGACUUGAUCCUGGUUGGGGGAAUCCUUGGCCAAAUGCAGGGUUGGAUGGUGCUGGUCCCUCAACAGGAAUGAGAUCUGUGGGAUUUGGUAGGGUUCAAAUGAUGAUGAGGCAACUUGCUGGUGUCAGUGGAACCUAUGCACAUGCCACAUCAUCUGAUGACAAUGCAUGGAGACUGUGGUCAAUGUCCCCACAUGACGGUGGUUCGGUGCAGACAACAUUCUCUGGCAGGCCAAGAACAGCUGUAGGGGGUGUACGCAUUAGAAAUGCUAUGCCAGGACAAACUGCAGACAACAAUGGUAUGCCAAAUACUGCCGGCAUGAUAAAUCCCCGCAUAACUGCAAUGACCAACAUGGUAAGGGAAGUACUGCCACACAUUCCUGAUGACAUCAUCAUUCAGGACUUGCGGCGGACUAAUUCUGUUACUGCAACUGUUAAUAAUCUGCUCUAAAUUUGAAAGUGAUCUUGAUACAACUACUGAUGAUCAGACUCUCACAGCCAAUUUAAAUUUACAUUGUCCUCCAAAAAUUUGAGAGGAUAAUUUAAAAUCUUCUUGCAGAGGAUGACUGGAAGUCUAAUGAGGAUAGAUUUCAGAAUCCUUUGGACAAAGUUUUCCAUAAAUCAACGUGGCGGCAUGCAUGUUUACGCAUAUGAACAAAACUGUUCAAAUCAGUCUCAAUCUUGUAUGGUUGCCAUAUACGAAUGUCAAAUAUUAUAUAUCUGGUGGAGUGAACAUUAUUUUCUACUGGCAUCCCUAGUGCUAAUAAGCAUCAAGCUAUUGGCUUGAUAGAAGAAUGUAUAGUGUGCCUAAUUAUGGGUAGCAUUUUUAAAGAAACUUUACAAUAAUUGUGCUUUUUAGUUUCUACGAUAUAUUUGAGCUCUCUCAAAUAUAAGGUGUUAGAUUCACAGAUAACAUUCAUGAUUAGAGAAUUCUAAUAUGUAGAUUUUGAUUUGUAAAUUAAACUGUAGGCGAAUCAUUAGCUACAAAGAAAUAAUGAAUUGUCUACUUUACCAAGGAUAUUGUCAAUGGAUAAGCAGGAUCAGCAAAGAUUUCAAAUA